AUGACUUCUUCAAUUUAUUUUCAGUGCGAGGAGGGUUGCAGCUGUGAUGAAUUAUCGUCUCCCGGGACAAAACCAAAGACCAAGAGGAUUAAAGAACAUUAUGCUUGGAUCUUUCAAAGAAAGCUCGGUGAAGAACAUGUUGCUGUCAUUUUGGGGUGCAAAGUAAAUUUUGGAUGGUUAACUGGUAGAGGUGGUCCGGAGUCGGUGAAAAAUUUCAUGACGAAAUCAGAAAACAAUGAAGCCAGUGCUAAAGCUCACGAGUUAACUAAAACACCGAGAGAGAAAGCCAAGAACAAAAUAUUUUACAUUGAGAGAAAGGGAAAUUCUCUGAUUGAUGAGAGAGAUGAUAGCAAGAAUUUUGAAAGACGAAAGGAGAUCUCUUCGUACAAGGGACAUCAUAAAAGUUCUCUGAAAAGCGCUUUGGGCAACAGUUGGAAAGUAUCAGAGGCAAACGUGAUAAAGAUAGAAAAUGGUCGGGGCAUAAGUGGUACAGAAAUGAAGGAGAAGAAGGAGAAGGACGAACACGAAUUUGCUCUAGAAGUGGAAGGAAAAAACGUGACAAGUGACCAGGAUGAAACAGAAAAUGGAGUGCAUGGAUUUGAUGAUGAGAAUGGGGUUCCACAAGAUUUUAACGAUGUUACAGAGUCUCAAUUUUAA